AUGACGCUGAGGGGAUUCACGUACCCCACAAUGAGCCCUCUUCUUGUAGUUCUUGGAAUUGGGGAAUACGACGUCACCAAGGUCCUCAUCGAUACAGGAAGCUCUGUCGACCUCAUCUUCCGAGGAACCCUGCAGAAGAUGGUAGUCGAUCUCGACGACAUCAAACCAUCCUCUAGAACAUUAACCGGCUUCAACGGAUCCUUCGAAACAAUACUGGGAACAAUCCGCCUUCCGGUACGCGCAUGCCAUUCCAUCUACUUAUCACCAGUGCGUCAAGUUCCCCGGUACGGACGGAAAAUCAAAACACUGCAAGGAGAUCAAAAAGCCGCCAGGGAACUCCUAGUCGCCACAGUUAAACUCCAACGAUCGUCUUUAUCGGUUAACUCCGUCACUCCUCCAACCUAUAAAGCCUGCUCCCAGGAAGGCGAAAUUCUCGAGUUACCUAUUGACGAAACCGAUCCAAGCCGGACCGCAAGGAUUGACAUGAAAGGAAUAGAUCCGGCCAUAACAACUCACGAACUAAACGUCGAUCCGACAGUCAAGCCUAUCCGACAGAAGCGACGCAAGCUCGGUCCAGAUAGGUCAAAGGCUGUAAACGAAGAGGUCGACCGGUUGCUCGGCGCUGGCUCAAUUGCUGAGGUACGCUACCCUGAGUGGUUGGAAAAUCCAGUAGUCGUCAAAGAGAAGAACGGGAAAUGGCGCGUCUGCGUCGAGUUCACAGACUUAAAUAAAGCCUGCCCAAAGGAUAGCUAUCCUAUUCCCAACAUCGACCGUUUAGUCGAGUCCACGGCUGGAAACUAG